AUGGUCCCUAUUCCGAGGACAACCAGAGAUGAGCUCAUUCAAAGUAGUUUUUCAUUCAAUAAUCAUAGCCUAGCUCAAACUAGCUCUUCUAGUCGUUCUGCUUAUGUGUUUGUUGAUGCUUCGUUUGGUCCUUACUAUGGAGUUAGUGGAGCUACGAGCAUGUAUAAUCCAAAAGUUGACAAGGGCCAAUCAAGCGAAGGUUAUUUAUAUGUUAAAAACGGAGAGGGAGAUGGUACUAAUAUGAUUGUCAUUGGAUGGAAUGUAUCUCCAGAUUUGUACAAUGAUGAUGCAACUCAUAUUUAUUCAAGAUGGACAUCAGAUAAUUUCAAGACUACUGGAUGCUACAAUAUGUUGUGCAAAGGAUUUGUUCAAACCGAUAAAUAUUACUUCGGUUCACGUGUAGAAAAAACAUCUACAUACGAUGGAAAAAUGGUAGAGAUGCCAAUAUCUCUUUUUCAGGAUCCAACAACAAAAAAUUGGUGGGUGAAAGUGGUAAAUAUAACAAUUGGAUAUUUUCCUGCAACCUUAUUCUCCAACAUGGCCAACGCUAAUGAAGUGGGAUGGGGUGGUAGAACGGUGACUCCUGCGGGUGCUUCUAGUCCCUCAAUGGGAUCAGGACACCUCCCUGAUGACGAUUUCAAACAUGCAUGUUAUUUUAGGUAUAUUUCAUAUCAAAGUGUAGCUAGAAAAGAUUUAGGACCAGAAUACUAUAUGGUAGGUAAAUUCAAUGAUGCCCCAAAAUCAUGUUAUGAAGUUGAAUUCUAUGGAGAUCAAAGAGGACAAGUUGGGUAUUCUAUGCAAUUCGGAGGACCUGGUGGUAACUGCGGCACUUAA